AUGUCUUCCCCCGACCUUUCUCGUCUGCAAACCCAUGAUUUAGAGCUAGGCGUCACCGAGGCCAUCGAGAGGCACGUCUCGCGCCACGUCGUCCCCCCGAAGCCCGUCUCCCAGCGGCGCCUCGACUUUGAGCGCGCCCGCCCGCGCUGGGUGCGCGAGUGCCUCGCCGAGGCCACCGGCGUCUUCUUCUACGUCUUCCCCGGCAUCGCCGCCGUUGCCGCCUUCACCCUGAACCUGUCCAGCCCCGUCGGCGUCGCCGCCUUUGGCAGCCUCUUCCAGAUCGGCUGGGCGUUCGGCAUGGGCAUCGCCUUCGCCAUCAUCUGCUGCGCGUCCACCUCCGGCGGCCACUUCAACCCCUGCAUCACCAUCGCGUUCUGGUUCUGGCAGGGCUUCCCGCUUCGCAAAGUGCCGCAGUACAUCCUCAGCCAGAUAUUCGGCGCCUUCAUCGCCGGCUUGGUGGUGAUGGGCAUGUACUGGCCCGAGAUUUCCGCGAUGAAGGCGGAGUUGCUAGCGGCGGGCAAGCCGCUGGUGGCCAACGGCGCGCCGGCGAGCAUCCUGUGCUCGUUCCCGAACCCGACCCAGACGAACCACGGCUUCCUGUUCAUGACCGAGUUCUUCGUCGACGCCUUCCUGGCGCUAGUCAUCUGGGCGUGCAUCGACCCGACCAACCCGUUCAUCUCGCCCGCGAGCGCCCCGUUCGUCAUCGGCAUCGCCUACGCGCUCAUGGUCUGGGGCUUCGCGGACAUCACCAUCAGCACCAACAUGGCUCGCGACCUGGGCACGCGUAUCGUGGCGGCCAUCUUCUUCGGCAGGGAGGCGUUCACGUACAUGACGUACGCGCCGAUCAGCAUCCUGGUCAGCAUCCCGGCGACGCUCGUGGCGACGGGGUACUACGAGUUCUUGAUGAGGGACAGCCUGCUGCGGAUUCACAAGGGGCAUGCCGAGUUCGAGUCGGGCAAGGAGGGGCUGAUGCGCCACCUGAGCAGGACGACGGGGGCGGUGGUCGACGACAGUGACACGUCGAAGCACCUGGAGCACACCAGGAACCAUUAG